AUGGAUGUCCACGUCUCCGCCUCCACUUUCGGUGCCUCUGGAGAGAACAAUCACCGCCCACCUCCCGCUUCGUCCUCGAGUCCUUCCCCUGUUAAUAUGAAACGCUCUCUGGUUCGGUCAAUGGACGACGUAGUGGCGGAUACCGAUCAGGAGGGAUCUGUGUUCACUCCGCUUGCCUCGCCCGAGCCCGAGGACCAGGCUGAACCGCCCGCGCACAAGGAGUCGGCACCCUCUGGCCUGGCAGCAACGCCAGAGCCCCUGACGCAGGUCAACCAAACACACCCUGGAUCAGGCUCACAAGGUGGCUCGACCUCAGAACCCGCUCCCGCCUCUCCGGUUCCUGGCGCACAUGAGAGCCCGGCAACUCGGACGGGUUCAAAGAAGGCCCGCCUUGUCAUAGAACUCGAUGAUCGUCCCGUUCGUGAGAUGCUGCUUCUCGAGUCGAGUUCUGCAAAUGGGGAGGCACCGGCUCAGCGGGAUGAGAACGAAGACCAACGGCUUAGUUUAUCAUCGAGCCCUCCAGCGGCCCGGAGUAGACUCAAGAGAAGGCGCGCCGCGUCCGAAUCGGAUGAUGACUACGCCCCAAGUUCAGCGGGGUCUUCUGAAUGGGUCAGCUCGUCCGUCCACGAGGAUACGAGUGAUGAAAAUGUCGAGUCUGAGGUUGAAAGCGACUUCGCGUCGAGCCCACCUCGCGCCAAGUCCAGCCGUCGAAAGGGGAAGGAUGUUGCCAAGCCUCGGAGUAAGUCUCAAGUUUUCUUUCAUCUCCCUUAUUUCUGCGCAUCUCUCGCUCGCUCUGGUGCUGUUUGA